AUGUUCGACACGGUCUGCACACUUCCGCUUUCCUCGGACCUGUUCGCUCAGGCUAUCCACCCCGAGGAGCCCGUAGUCUCUGUCGGUCUGGCCUCAGGCCACGUUCAGACCUUCCGACUGCCUUCCUUAGAAGGAGAGGAUGAUGAAGAUGCCGCGCCAAAUUCCUCGGCCCGCACUGGAAAGGGUCACAUCGACACGAUGUGGAGAACUCGGCGACACAAGGGUAGCUGUCGCACCUUAGGGUUCGGUACGGAUGGCAAAACGCUCUACUCGGCUGGUACAGACGGUAUGGUGAAGGCUGCAAGCACCGAGACUGGUCAGGUGCAAAACAAGAUUGUGAUUCCUCUCGAGAAGAACGGCUCUGUUGAUGCGCCAACCAUGAUCCAUGCCCUCUCUCCUCAAACUCUUCUUCUUGGUACCGACUCAAGCGCUCUGCACCUCUACGAUCUGCGUAUCCCAUACUCCAAGGUAUCCGCGCGGCCUGAGCACACCUCGGGCUUUAGCAAGCAGUGGGUUACCACUGGUGGAACAACCCUGGCCGUGACGGAUCUCCGGAGGGGCGUUCUGGUGCGCAGCGAGAACCAGGAAGAAGAAUUGGUUAGCUCUGUCUUUAUGGGUGGUUUGCCUUCCAGUGGAACCAGUCGGGGCGAAAAGCUUAUCGUUGGUGGAGCUAGCGGUAUCGUCACUCUCUGGGAGAAGGGCGCGUGGGAUGACCAGGAUGAGCGGAUCUACGUUGACCGCAAUGCCGAUGGCGGAGAUUCCGUCGAGACAAUGGCAGUUGGACCUGACUACUUGGGCAAGGUGGUGGCCGCAGGCCUCUCAAGUGGAAAGGUGAAGUUCGUGCGCAUCGGACCCAACCAAGUCGUCUCUGAGGUUGUGCACGAUGAGAUCGAUGGUGUUGUGGGCUUAGGCUUUGACAUGGAGGGCCGUAUGGUCUCUGGUGGUGGCCAAACCGUCAAGGUGUGGCACGAGGCUGAGGACAAUGUCGGUGAUGGAUCUGGCGAUGAAGACAUGAUGGAUGAUAGUGAUGACGAUAAAGAUUCGGAUGAUAGCGAUGCGGAACGUCGUGAGGAUCCGAAGGACCGAAAGAAGCGCAAGAAGUCCAAGAGCAAGGACCGCAGUGGUGGACAGCAUGUCAUGGCCUUCCACGACCUGGACUAA